AUGGCGUCGUCCCUCGCAGUUUUUCCCUCGGCGCGUGUGUUUUCUCUUCAUGCAGUCACCACCGCUCGUGUUCAACGGCGCGGCCAGGUCGUAUGCACGAUUCAACCAAAAAGAAAUAACUCAGCUGCGGCUACGUCUGGGACCCACCACCUUUCGCCGUUUUACGCGGAGAAAGCCGCGCCGGUGGAAGAAGAUGUAGACCGCGCGUACUGGACCGACGACGAUGUUUCUCCAGUGUUGCUCCAUGAUGACGAGAGCACGUGGCAGGACAGCAAUUACGUGGACCUGACACUGCGGUCUUAUAAGAUUGUGAGGGAGGAGACUCAGCAUGCCCUCCAGAGCCACUUCAUGCAGCAGAAAGCAGCAGCCGCGAAGGCGCCUCCGACAGCGGAGUCCCAUCACACUUGCUGUGCGCCAACACCUGAACACACCUUCUGCUGUGGGGAGGAUGAGCAAGUUGCGCAUGAGGUGUCUCCUGCAUGUGUUCACGGAGGUGAUGUCUUCUAUGAUCGUGGGAAGAAGAGAUCCGCUGAGGUGUGUAACUUCGUCGAGGUUUCAUUCCCUUCACCCGAAUACGUUCUCGUCGCGCUCGCUCCUCGGCCUUCUGCUCUCAGCGUUGCCCCCGACAUCUCAGGUCCAGGAGUCGUGUUUCGGCUCCUCAUUCCCGCCAUCAAGAUGGGCCCCAUUAUCGGCAACAAGGGUGCGAACAUAAAGAGCAUUCGCGACGACUCAGGAGCGCGGAUCAAGAUCACAAAUUCGGCCGUGCGGUUGGAAGAGCGAGUGGCGAUCGUGUCGUCGCGCGACCCUCCCGGCACGGUGCCGACAUGCGCUGAGACGGCCUUCUUUCGCCUUUACCCCUUCGCGCUCACGCCGCACAAGGACACGGGCGACGAGGUGGUGCUGAGCAUGCUGGUGCCGGACUCGCAGGCGGGCGUGGUGCUGGGCAAGGGCGGCGCCAGCAUCAAGGAGAUGCGCGAAGCCUCGGGCGCGCACAUCCGCAUGGACCCCUACCGAGGCGCGUACGCGCUGCCGCACGACCGCCUCUUGCAGAUAACAGGCAGCGAGGAGCAGGUGGAGAGAGCAGUCAAGGAAUUGGCGAACAAGCUCAGGGAGCACACGCCAAAGGAGAGUCUGCAGGAGCUGGAGGGCACAGCGGGCCCAACGAGGCAGAUCCCCAUGGUGGCAUAUGACGCCAUCACGCAGAUGCCCACCGCCAUGCUCGCCGCCCACCCCUCCACCGCGCACAUGCCCUCCUGGACCCUCCCUCAAGUCGUCGUCCCUGUGCACGAUCCCUAUGCAAAGCGGCGCAGGACACAGGACGAGCCGCCAGUGGUGCCGAUAGGCGCGACGCCUGACGAGGCCAAGGUGCGGGCGGAGGUGCGCAUCAGCAGCGGAUCCAUUGGUGCAGUGCUGGGCCAUGGCGGCCACACCAUCAAGAACAUCCGCAACAUCUCUGGCGCCAUUGUCCGCGUUGCCAAGUUGAAGGCGGGAGACACAAGUGACCGGCUUAUUGAAAUCCAGGGCACGCAAGCACAGGUAUCCGCAGCACAGCAGUUGAUUCAGGCUUGCCUCGUCAGCACCAACUAA